UCUUUGCUCUAUAAAACUUCUUCUGUCUCAGGCUCCUCUCUGCACUCCCGGCUGGUUUUUUCCAUGGGUCAAGGUGCCACAGUCAUCACCAAAACAGAAGAUAAUUCUGCAAAAUGGAAUAGUUGAUCGGUCUAUGUCUUGACGAGCCAAGAGAAGCUGAGGAGUAGCCAAUGCUCUGUGCAGAUCAAGUGGCUUGAAAGGUACUCUAAAACUUGGAGGCAGAGCCAGGCAAUGCCUGAAGAUGCCUUGGUACAGACAGCAAUGCAAGCAUCAGCCCCUGCUGGGGUCAAGCCAUGUCAAUAAAAGCCUGUGGCAGCAAGACUGUGAGUACUGCCCCUUGCAGUGCCCUCAGCCACGUGGCAAGCAGUGCAUGCAGCAGUGCUUGGCCCUGUACCCACUGCACCAAAGUGUGUGUAAGGGCUCGCUGCCAGGCAUGACUGUGAGCUCACAGCACACGUGCGUAGCUGAGUGCCUGUGGCCAUGUGAGAGCGAGCGCCCGCAGCCUGGGUGCAUGGCCGAGCAACCCCUCCAGCAGCAUGUGAUCAACAGCCAGCUCUGCUGCACCCGCACAGCUCAAAAUUGGCACCAGACGGCCAACAGCCAGCCUUGCUGCACCACCAUGACCACUGAGCCACAGCGGGCGACCAAGGGCAAGGCCCCCUGUGCACCCUCAGUCCCCAACCAAGAGUGUGUGAACAACCGCCCGCCAUGCGCGCCCUCGGCUCCCAACCAGAAGUGUGUGAACAACCGCCCACCAUGUGCCCCCUCCACCCCCAAUCAGAAGUGCGUGAAUAAUUGCCCUCCAUGUGGGCCCCCAGCUGCUAAUCACAGUUGCUGUACCAAGAGCCUCCCAUGUAAGCCUGAGAGCCCAGCGGAAGAGAGGCAGGAGGAGAGCCUGCUGUGGGAGUCAGUACCUGAGUGCUUACAGCUGCAGGACAUGACUGACAGCCAGGGCAUGACCAAGUGCCCACAACUGCUGUGCAUGAUGGAUGACCUGCCUCCAUGCAUGCACACCUACCCAGCACUGCAGUGUAAGACCACGUGCACUCCACCAAGCAGUGCCCAAUGCCCUGCACUGCAGCAGUGCCUUGCUAGCUGCCCUCCACUACAGGCCAUCCAGCACCCACCACUGCCAAGGGCCACCAACUGCUCCCUACCAUAUGAUGCCACGCACCUGCCGCCACCACAGCAGUGCUGGACCACGUGCCCACUCACGCAUCCAAGCAAUUCAACGUGCCCACUCUUGGAGCAAAGCAUCGCUACAUGCCAUCUGCCACCCUGUGUGAUGGAGGGCCUGCUGCCAGCCACAACAAAGUACCCGAGAGGGCGGCAGCACCUCCAUAAACACCUGCCACCAUCUUUCAUGACCAAGUGCUUCCCAUCAGGCAUGACUGCAGCAGCUCAACAGAGCUGUCUGACCAAAAGGCGCCGACAGCGCAUCCUCAGGCGCCCUUCACUGCGACCACGUAUGAAGUGCCCACUGCCACAGCAGUGCUUUGCUAUGCGCCCGCUGCCACCUAAUGCGACUGAGUGCCUGUUGCCAGGCACAACUGAGUGCCCACCAGAGCAGCGUGCACCAGCACAUCUGCCACAGCAACAUAUAGCCAAGGCCCGUCCUUGGGGGGUGACUGGGUUCCCUAAGUAUCAUAGAAAAUGAGGGUUUGAAGGCACCUUGGGAGGUCACAUCUAGUCCAACCUCCACCUCCCCUGCUCAAAGCAGGACCAGCUCCAGCUACAUCAUCGCAGUCAAGGUUUUGCCUAGUCGGGUCUUAAACACCUCCAAGCAUGGAGAUGCCACCACCUCUCUGAAUAGCCUGUUCCAGU